AUGGCGAGAGGUGCAGUGGUAAAGGCUGGGGGCUUCCGGUCUGUCCUUGCAAAGAUGACUUGGCCCCUUUUCUUCUGCAGCUUUGUCACGGCAAUGCUCAACAUGCUGUUCGGCUUUGACACGACCAGUUUCGCAGGAGUGCAAAGCAUUCCGGCCUUCGAACGUCAGUUCGGUACACCGAGCGGCACCGAUGGCUCGUACGCCCUCUCGGCCUCACGAGCUUCAUUUAUCUCCUCCGUCGCCUUCGCCGGUAAAUUCUGCGGGACUUUAACGGCCCCGUUAUAUAUCGAGCGGAUCGGACAUCGAUAUACCAUCUGGGUUCUCUGUCUCAUCAGCUUUAUCGGCGUCAUUCUCGAAUGCACAGCGCACAAGGUGUCGCAAUUCGUGAUUGGCAGAAUCGUCGUCUACUACAGCGUUGGCUUAGCUGAGAACACGUCCACAACCUAUCAGUCUGAGAUUGUUCCGGGAUCCCUACGUGGUGCCGUUGUGGGAUCCAUCCAGCUCUUCAUUCAGUUUGGGCAGAUCAUGGCAGCCGGAGUCAACAACAACUUCUCCACCACGACAACUUCCAAGGGAUGGAUCAUCCCCGUCUCCAUCCAGGCCAUUGUUCCUCUGAUCCUUGUCUUCACGCCUCCUUUUCUGCCCGCGGGACCAAGAUGGCUCAUCUUCAAGGGGAGGAAGGACGAAGCUAUCAAAACCCUCGAGCGAGUUCGACCCAAGGAAGAUGUUGCCGCGGGCGCGUGCAAAGAAGAAGCGGAUGCGAUUCAAGAGGCCAUGCAGCAAGAAACCGAAAAGGGCCCCUGGCUGGACCUUUUCCGGGGCACCAACCUCCGACGGACCGAAAUUGCCACGAUUGUCUUCAUCUUGCAGCAGUUUACUGGCCAAGGGUUCGUGUCGCAAUACUCACCCCGGUUCUACAAGACGGUCGGCCUCGGCGCCAACGCUUUCAAGUACAAUAUUGCCUCCUCGACCGUGGCUUGGGCCGGUGUGGCUAUUGGAAUGUGCCUUUUCGACACUGUCGGCCGACGCAACAUGCUCAUCAUUGGUGCCAUCGGGCAGGCUGUCUUUCUGUUCUCCAUGGCUGGCAUUGGCCAGAUCAAGAACCCUACCGUGGCAGAUGGACAUGGCCUGGUCGCUUGUGUGAUGUUAUUCAACUUCUUCUUCUCGGGCACCUGGGCACCACUGGCUUAUGUGAUCGCAUCUGAGAUCGGUACCGGUGCGCUUCGAGAAAAGACAAUGGCAUUCAGUAGCACCGUCAACGUGGUGGCCGCUUGGCUCGUGGCGUUCUGUGUCCCAUACUUGCUGAACGAUAUCGGUGUCAACAUUGGCUGGCUCUUUGGCGGUAUCAGCGUCAUCGCCACGUUUUAUGCUUAUUUCAGGGUGCCGGAGAUUGCACACCGAAGUCUCGAGGAACUCGACGAGCUCUUCCACAACCACGUCUCAGCACGCAAGUUCGCCGCCACGGAAACACAUGGCGCUGGCCGCAGGAUUGCCGAGCUCGAGAACGAGAGGCUAUCAAAAGGAGGGGCUUCUCAUACCGAAGACACCAUUGAUGUCGUUCCUAAGCAUGAAAUCGACCUUGACUAG